CACUUGUUCACUCUCGUCUCGUUUGCCUUCUUUCCCCAGAAGUAGAACGCUACAAACACGAGCACCACUGCAACAAAGAACGGCUCCUGCUGAAAGUCUGCAGAGUCAUCCCGUCGUCAUCGUCGAGUGGAUGCGCAUCAGGAGUGGAACUCUAGCACUCACAGGCGGGCCGAAAGGUGAGGAACUUCCACCUGUACUCGACGCCAUCAUAGUGAGACGCGAGGUCGACCGGCGGCGGGAUGAGGAACCUGGGGAAGAAGGACAUGAGUUCUCGUCAGGCGUACGGAUGGAUGCGCACCACGACGCCGUGCGCGCGCUACGCGUCUUCGCCGCGAUCAUUGACACACGUGACCCCGCGUAUGGCGGGACUGCCUGGAAAGGCAAGCGCUCUACCGGUGACAUUGCCGCCAAUUGAGCAGCCAGCUUGCUUCUCCGGCAGCAAGGCACCGAGCGAGUCUGAAAUCUCUGAGCGCUCAGACAGCCACAGUGACCGUGCUGGAUACGGAGAGCACUGGGCAUCAGCCAUGGCCGAGCGCACGCAGGACCUGACAUCGGGCUCCUCAAGUGGCAGUUCGUCACUGAACUCGCCCCCCUCCGACUACGCUGCAUUCGUGCUGCACACGCUCUCGCGCACCGCACGUGGAUCCAGUGCAAUUGACCAGCGCGUGCUUCGCCGCUGUCUCGGGCUGUCAUCCUCAUAUUUGGUCACGGACACGACGAUGAACCCCGAGCGAGGGCUCCUGAGCUGGCGGAGCGGGUUCAGCCAGCUGAUCGACGUGCUCGUUGCGCUGCACGCGCGCGGAGAGCUCGAGCUUGAGACGGUGAACGAGGCGAGCAAGGCGUGCUCCGAGUGCUGGACCGUUGCCGGUGCGUGGCGGGAGAUGGAGGGGGGGCGGGAGAGCGUCAAGGGUGUUGCUGCACGGCUGAAGGGUCUGCUGGAUGAGAAUGGGAAGACGUACGGAGGAGGGCGGGUGUAUGUGCCGUGAUUCUUCCUGCUGCGCUGUAUUUAUAUUGCGUCGCGGACUGUACGAGUAGUUGGAGUGCCUCCCCCUGCAUGGUGCAGCGCCGCCGUGACGCGCGCCGGCUAGCGUGGCGUGACGUCACGCGCCCUCGAGACUCCGGCCGACAGCACGGACUGGCGAUUUCUCCUCUCCCCUCGCCGUCUCCUGCGAUGAAGGACACUGCUGGCCCGUCCCACACCAAUGGCGCUGCCCAUGGUCUCGCUCACUUAACUCUGGAUCCUCCCAGUCCGCCAGAGACAGCCUGUGCUACGCCCCUAG